AUGGAAUCACUUAAACUUCACAAAGCACCUGUCUUAGCAAUAUUGCUUAUUAGUCUUGGCCGACGAUGUCCUACUGAUGCUAAUGUCGGAAAUUGGGUUGAAAAGGCUGUUGAUCGCGGCGUUGUCGUGGUAAAAUUCAAGCUUCGCUGGUCAGCAGGCCCAACCAUAUUGCCUAAGAGCCUUUACACCUGUAAAACACUCAAAGAACUGAGUCUAUCUGACAAGGUUCUUGUUGAUUUCCCUUCUUAUUCCCCUUCCUGCCUACCAUCACUCGAAAUACUUCAACUUUUCUGUGUGGCAUAUAAAGACGAGGCUUCUCUUGCUAGGUUCUUAUCUAGUUGCCCUGUCCUUGGAAUAUUGAUCGUGAAAAGAAAGAAGAGUGACAAUCUGACAAACUUUAUUGUGAAAGUGUCUUCUUUAUGGAUGUUAUCGUAUCAUAAUACAGCUUGGCUGCAAGAUGACACUGAUGUAAUGGAUAGCGGUAGUUGUUUGGUUAUAGAUACUCCGGCAUUAAUAAAGUUUGAGGUCGAUGAUGAUUCAAGAGACUCUUGGUCGAUUGGGAAUAUGCCUUGUCUUGAGAAGGCAUAUAUUAGUGUCAACUCUUUAUCUAAUUUUGACAAGUUCAUAACAGCUGCUUCUUCGGCGAUCUUGUCUCUUGACUUGACUUUUACCGACGAAAUGCUUGUGCGUUGUAGCACCCUAAGAUUUUCUCGACUUAUAAAGUUAUCUGUAGAUCCAAGUAGAUCAGACUGGGUGGAACCACUCUUACUUCUACUUGCAAAUACUCCAAAACUUGAACAACUUUUGGUAAAUUAUUGGGUUGAAAAGGCUGUUGAACGGGGCGUGCUCGUUGUAAAAUUCAAGCUUCGAUGGACAGCAGGUCCAACCAGAUUGCCUAAGAGCCUUUACGCCUGCAAAACGCUCCGGGAACUGACUCUAUCUUACAAGAUUCUUGUGGAUAUCCCUUCUAGUUCCUGCCUCCCAUCACUCAAAAAACUUCGACUCUUCUGUGUGGUAUAUAAAGACGAGUCCUCUCUGGCUAGGUUUUUAUCUAGUUGCCCUGUCCUUAUAUAUCUGGCCGUGAAAAGAAAGACGAAUGACAAUUUGACAAAGUUUGUUGUGAAAGUGCCUUCUUUAAGGGUUUUAUGGUAUCAUAAUCCAACGUGGCAAGAUGAUAGUGACCUAUUGGAUACGGGUAGUUGCUUGGUUAUAGAUACUCCGUCGUCAACAACAAUUUCCGUCACUGAUCAUUCAAGAGACUCUUGGUCGAUCAGGAAUAUGCCUUGUCUUGAGGAGGCAGAUAUUAGUGUCAACUCUUUAUCUAGUUUUGACAAGAUCAUAACAGCUUCUUCGACGAUCUUGUCUCUUGACUUGACUUUUACCGAUGAAAUGCUUGUGCGUUGUAGCACCCUGAGAUUUUCUCGACUUAUAAGGUUAUCUGUAGAUCCAAGUAUAUCAGACUGGGUGGAACCACUCUUACUUUUACUUGUAAAUACUCCAAAACUCGAAGAACUUUUGGUAAAUAAUCUUUGA